ACCGGAAAUGGUUAAUAGUGGAGAGAUUAUCCGAAUUUAUGAUUUGUCAAUAUCGAUAUGAAGCAUAUUACUUUGUAAAUAUAUUGUUUACCGCCGUGUACUCACGGAAAUUAUUGUAAUUUUUGUGUCAUAUAUAAAAGAUAAUGAGCAAAAUAAGUGUCAAUAACCACAUCCCAAACUGGACAACAUGUAAUUUUUGCACAGUGAAAGUCGGCUUCAAAGCUCCCAGAGAGUUUUGUAGACAUUUGAGAGAUUUUCAUUGCACUCGUGAAGGAGGGUCUUAUAUUUGCAGAUACGGAAAGAACAAUGUAUGUCCAUCCUUGCCGUUAGAUGGUGUAAGUGACUUGGACUAUGAAGAACAUAUCAUGCGUGAUCAUGUAAACCAGAACUCAGGUAGAAACAGCAAUAUGAGCGCUCUUCAACAGCUACAUUCCAAUGCUCAAAGAGCUCCCCCUAACUCUGAGCCAUCCGUGGUAGAGGACCAGCACAAGUGGACCGUGUUCAACUCCAAGGUUAACCUGCCUGCUGCCCUCAACGACCCUAGACUGCUGAAGCGAGAGACAGAUUUCUUCACAAAGACCUGGGGUGUGGAUUUUUAUGAAAAGCCCUACCUGCCCAUGUCCCCGCAUGUUCAGGAGAUCAACUGGUCACACUUUGAGAGCUAUGUGAGACAGACAUCUGGGAGAUACAAAAAACACAACAAGCAGCUGCAGUCACUAUCUGAGAAAAAUGAAUCCCAGCUGACAAAAACAGUUCGUCAAGCUGAGAAAAACCGAACAGAGUUGGAACAAAUACCAAAGUUGUUUCUGAUGCCCAACUUUAACCUUGAAAAUCCAGACACAUUCAGUGCAGUGUUUCCAUGGACACAAGUAGAGGAAUCCAAAAUAGACCAGCCUGGUGCUAGACAUUCUUCAAAACUGCUACAAGAAAAGUUGAGUCACUACCUGGACAUUGUGGAGGUCCAGAUAGCUCAGCAAAUCUCCCGUCGCUCGGAGGCGUUCUUCCACGCCAUGGCAUCACAUGACGUGCUACAGGAGAAGAUGAAGGCAACAUGUGCAAGGAUCAAGUAUCUGAGAGACAAGAUGCACCAGAUGGACGCCAUGAUGGCUCGAGGCUCGUUGAAGGUUGUCAAGAUGACGCAAUCCAGGUCCAACUAUGUCAAGCUCCAUAAUAAGUUGAAGUUGAUGUCGACAGUGCACCAGACCCAGCCGACCAUUCAGACCCUGCUGUCAACCAAUGAGUUCAUGGGAGCUCUAGAUCUCAUCUCCACUACACAGGAGGUCUUGUCUCAGGAGUUGGCAGGGGUACAUUGCCUCAGGCACCUGAGUUCACAAUUGGCAGAGAUGAAAAAGCUUAUUGAGAUUAUGAUCAAUGAGGAAUUUCUAAAACUUGUCACAUCCGAGUUGAAUCGACCAAUCACAGACCUUGUUACAUUGGUGGAUGAGGAAAAACUAGUUGCCAUUUUGUUUGGAAUUUUGCGGUUAAAGAAACUAGAUUUUCUCAAUGACUAUCAAGAAGAAACAUUUAGAAGCAUGAAAGCGGUGGUAAAACAGACUGUGAUAGAGGCCAUAUGUGCUGCAGAAACUAUCGAGUCCGAUUCCAGUUUGGCAGACCAGAUGCGCCUUCUCAAUUAUUCUCAGUGGAUAGAGCUAAUGGAGACAAUCUUUAAUAAUAUGUUGAUAAUACUACAACGUGCCAAGGCCUUUUCUGGUAUAGUGAGUGAUGUGGUUGGGAUAGCGGCAGGCAAGACUAAGGUCCCCACUCCUAUAAAUUCCCCUACCCAGGACAUGGCAAACCCUCUGGAGGAGCCCAAACAUCUCAACGUCUCCGUAAGCGAGGAUGUAGAUGUAAUGAUAACGAUGGAGGACCAUGGGAAAGUUAUGAGCGACCUGCGUCAGUUGUUGUUUUUCCUUUCCGAUCACGCAAACGACAGGUGCAUGAAAGUAGUACAGGCACAAGGAAAGGAAGGUUUUCUUGAGAGGUUGUCGCCAACAGAGUUUGUCUCGCUGUCUCAUCUUGUGGAGAAAUUCAACUCCGACUGCGAGGAGUUGUGUGGAAGGAAGAGCAUGUCACUCCGGGGAUGCCUGCUCAGUCAUGCAACAAGGUUCAUCAACAGAUUUCAUGAGGAGAGGAAAACAAAGCUUAGUUGUAUCCUUGACAACGAGCGGUGGAAGCAGGCCGAUGUCCCUAUAGAAUUCCAGGAUCUUGUACAACAUAUCUCCAACUCAGGACAGCUCACACUACCGGACAGAAAGUCAGAAAAAGAUAGAAAACCAGGUGAAUGCCUCAUGGUGGAUGGAGAGCAGUUUGCUGUAGUAGGGACGGUGCUGAUGCUACUGAAGAUGGUGGUGGAGUACUGCCAGUGUGCCGAGGACAUUCCUUCUGUAACCCCAGAUCUCCUCUCACGCCUUAUAGAACUUCUUAAUAUGUUUAAUUCGCGGACAUGUCAGCUCGUCUUAGGGGCAGGUGCUCUGGAGCUGGUUGGAUUAAAAACUAUAUCAACUAAAAAUUUAGCUUUAGCUUCUAGGUGCUUACAACUUGUUGUGUUCUACAUGCCUAAGAUACGGGCCCAUUUUGAGUGUAAAUUACCCAAUAAAAGUGCUACCAUGCUCAAGCACUUUGAUGCAAUAGUAAAGGACUAUAAAGGUCAUGUAGAGGAGAUUAGUAACAAGCUAGUCACUAUUAUGGAGAGUAUGGUAGACACACAGAUCUCUAGGUGGGAGGUGAAGGCCCCCAUGCCCUCCUCGUGUUUCCGUGCAAUAUGUAAACAGAUGGCCAAGCUGCAUGAGGCAAUCAUUGACAUCCUGCCACAGGACCAGAUAAAGAGUAUAUUUUUUCGGAUCAAUCAAACAUUCAAGAAUGUGUUAAGGCAAAAGCUGACACAUUUAAAUGUUAUCAACAAUGGCGGACCACAGCAUGGACUUGUCACAUCAGAUCUGACGUUCUAUGCUGGUAGUUUUAAAACACUCCGAGGACUGGAGGAACUUGCUCAGGACGUUAAAGAUGUCUGGGAUAAGAGAUGAUAGUAGUCAUACUAAAUAUAACACGCUUAUACUACCUUCAGCAUUGCAAAGAUGAUAACAUCUAGAUAUUGUAAUAGGACUAUUUUCCAAGUUUUGAUGAUUUAAAGUUGUUACAACAGAUACACCAUGUGUGAAGAAUAUUACCAGUAAUGUAUCUUAGAUCUAGACGCUAAAGGCUAAUGAGAUUAUAAUUUGAUUAGUUAAUGCCCACUGCUGUCACAUGUUGUCUUUGGGUAAAAAGAUUACAGUUAAAGUUACUUUACAUAUAGGGUAUCAAGUCUUGAAACUUAAUAAAGUUUGCUUGUAUAUUUUGAUUAAGGAUGAUCAAUAUGCUUAUAAAUAUUUAUAUAUAUUUUUUUAUAAUAACUAAAAAUAAGUUUACCAUGAUUUGAUUAACUUUUGCUGUAAUUCAAUUAUGCCUGAUCAACUUAAUACAAAACAUCAGACUAAGGUCAGGAGAACUGUCCUUAUUGCCUUUGAAUAAUAUUAUUUGUGCUUUAGAAUGACUAUUGAACAAUUAAUGGGACUGUUGGGCAAUCAAUUUAUCAUUCUCUAGUGAAAUGAUUAUAAAAUUUUACCUCAUCUCAGGCCAUUGAUUGGGACUUUUCACGAACAUAAAUUGAUCUGUGGUAUUGAUUGCAGCAUAUCUUGUCAAAAAGCUUUUAUUCUUAGCAAAAUGCAUUAGCAAACAUUGUGCAAUUAAUAGUCAUUAAUGCCACGCUUUUGUUGCAAUGAAAUGUUUCAUUUACAUUCAUUGAAACUUGGGAAUUCUAUCAGUUAAACUUUUCACAGUGUUAAAUGGGGAACCCAUUUAUUCUGUGAUACAAUUGUUAAAGUAUGAUAAAAAAAUACAAUAAAUUAUCUUAAUUAAAAAAUAA